AUGACCAGUAGUACAAGUGCAUCCAUCCAUACGAAUCCUGCUGCCUUGUUUGGUGUGGAGGGUCAGGUUGCUGUGGUCACAGGAGGUGGCACUGGUAUCGGACUCAUGAUUGCUACUGCAUUAGAGAAUAACGGUGCCACCGUGUACAUCAUUGGUCGAAGGCUUGAAGUUAUAGAAAAGGCUGCCAAGGAGAACAACAAAUUCGGAAAGCUCAUUCCCCUACAGGGUGACAUCACAUGUCGCCAGUCACUCACAGAGCUCGUCGAGAUUGUCAGAACACGGCAUGGCUAUAUUGACCUCCUUGUGAAUAAUGCCGGCAUUGCCCGCAAUAUUCUCCCCUCGCAAUUGCCAUCCCCUCUGGACGACCCUGCACAUGCCCCCCCAUCCAUCAAGGCAUUCCAAAGUGUCCUUUGGGAUACUGGGUCGCCAGAAGGCUUUGCCGAGACGUUCGAUACGAACGUAACCGCCGUUUAUUUCACUACCGUUGCCUUCCUCGAGUUGCUUCACCUUGGCAACCUAAGAAGGGGUGACCUGCCACCUGUCAUGUCGUUGCGUCCACAGGUUUUCAAUACAGAAGCCUCUGCUAGUGAAGCUUCGAACGGCCGAGACUCCGCGUCAUCCAGUCCCUCAGUAGCCUAUCAUUCCUUGCCUCCAACACCCUCACCUAUUACAUCCCUUCCUGCGGGAUUGUCCUCCACUAAUUCUGCUCAUGCUCUGGGUAUUCCACAGCCAACAUCUCAAGUUAUCACCAUCUCCUCAUCUGGCGCUUUCCGUCUCGAUGCGAGAGUCCUAUCUAUAUCUUACACGAUGGCAAAGAAUGCUUGUACACACCUCGGAAGGCUUCUUGCUAACCUUCUGUCCGAUUGGGGUAUUCGUUCUAACGUACUAUGUCCAGGCGUUUUCCCAAGCGAAAUGACAUCAACUCAACACCUCACACCUGCCCUUUUGGCUCAAGCUGUCCCUCUUGGUCGCGCAGGUGUCCUUUCUGAUAUUUCCGGUCCUAUUCUUUUCCUAGCUGGCCCUGCGGGAGCGUACGUGAAUGGUGCCGUGUGGCUGGUCGAUGGUGGACGAGUUGGCUCUGUCGCCAGCUCCUACCAAUGA